ACACACUUGACUGAUCAGCAGCUACUUAAACUCAGGUGUGUCUGCUGCUCACCUUUAAUCACUGUGUGUGUUGCUCUGUGUUUUUCAUGUCCACGUUCUCAACCAGGUCGAAUAUGGCAGCAACGGCAGCCGUGAACAGACCUCCACCAGCUCAUCCAGGACCAAAUGGAGGGAACCUACACACUCGCGCUAACUGCAGCGGACCGACCUCUCAGCAGCAGGAUCCGAGACUGCACGGCACAAACCAAGACCCGGGACCUUCAUCCCAUCCCCCACACCACGUCUACGGUCGGCCCUUCCUCUACGUCCCUGCUCCACCUCCACCCCCUUUCCUCCACUACCAGUGGCCCAUGCCCUUCUCCUAUAACCCCUUUGCAGGCUUCCCAGGCAUGGGCUAUGGUAUGGUGAUGCCCCAAUUCCCCCCUCCUCUGCCUUAUAUGGAGGCUCCAGCCUACAUUAUGCCCCACCCUCACGUUCAACCAGUGGACUACAGACGCUUGCUCCACCCCCAGGUCCACGCUCCCAGUGCACCCUACCAGAACCCAAACCAGGCCCACAGAGUCCGUCUGCCUCAUACUGGCCCCAUUAGAGAAACUGUGAACUGUGAGGUCCAAACAGAACCCACGCGGAGAGGCCAUGGGAGCUACGAUGAAGAAAGCCCCCUCGUCCGCUCAGAUUCUGGGCGUGGAUCUCCCUCGUCUUCGAGUUCCAGCUCCCAAAAGCGAAGCUCUGCCGAGGUUGAGAACUACACCUUACCCAGCAGUAAUGCAAACGACACCCAGGUUAAAAGGACUGGCACAGUCAAACAUGGCUUUAACGCCCUACAUCCUACUAAGACGAAGACCGUCCAGUCCUGUAUCAGAGGAACGCUAGAGAAGCAGAAGAGCCGUAAAGACAGUGUCGGUCAGGAGAACGUCCCCCCUUGCAGAAACGGUCACUGCAACAUGUGGUCGGUGGGUUCUUCAGGUAGUAUGGUCCCUGUGUGUACCUCUUCUCAACAAGAGGAGGAGGUUGUCAAAGAGAGACGCAUCUCUGUUCCUGACAUUCUGAUGAGUUGGGGAGGUAGCACGCCGCAGGCAGCGAUGCUGCAAAUGGCCGAGAAGCUGGCUCAGAAUGACCACCAGCUUCCGUCUUACAGAACCGAAGUAAAGCAUGAUAAGUCCGUUAACCAGAGUCCAACUGAGAGCAAGAAUGGUCCAAUGGCUGACUGUGCUGAUGCUAAUGACGCCGAGAGUAACUUGAGCUCUACGGACAGCGCAACCCAUUCCAAGAUCCCCAAACUAAGAGAAGCUCACGAAGAGCAAAAGGCCAACUCUAGAAGAGAAAAUGAGCCUGUGGGAUUGGUCGGCAUACCCUACAGAGAUGAACUGCUACAUUCACUAAACACAUCCCAUAAGCUCCCUGACAAUGAGCAAGAAAAUGGCAAUGAGACAAAUCCACAUGAAGACACGACAGACAUCACUCCCUAUCAAAAGUCUUUUAAUAGCUUUCAGAUGAAGAGAAAAAUGAAUGAGUCUGUUUGGUCGGUGGAGUCUCUGGCCCCCUGUAUCCCCACUAAGGAGUGGCUGUUGCACAACAGCACGUUUGAGCCAGAAGUCAUAGUCGAGAUGACGGAGGAUGUUGAAAAUGGUACACCGUUGACCCUAAUUGUCAAAGCAAGUAAAGAGAGGAGACGGACGCGUCGCAGGUGUUCCUUUUCUGACUCUGUUCUGAUGUCGGACAGCUGGCUCAUUUACAAUACCCCCCCUGAGAAGCAAAGUCUACCAAAGAAGCCAGAAAUUGAAAGUGACAUUGAUGCCUCUGAGAUCCGACCAAAGCAAGUCCAGAGCACGGCUCCUUCAGAAAAAGAUCCCUUAGCUUCCCCGACUCGCCUGCCACAGAGUCAGAUAGUUUUAUCUACCCCCACUGAAGAGGAUGACGACAAAAAUAGUUCUUUUGAACCAGAGGCUAAUCGAAGCCCAAACCAGGAAUCUCUCAUUGUAAAUGAGCAGCAGGAGAAAAGCGCCUGCUCUCCCGAGCAGGAAGAAACUCCCCUCUUGAACUCGGCGGCAGGUUUGACGACCUCAACUGCAGGCCAAAACCGAGUGGAAAUGGAGGAUAGAGCAUGCGGGAACGAAGAAGUUGGUCAACUGAGAAACGAGCAACUGUGUGUCCCGAUGGCUGACCAGAAGAUGGCCGAAGUGUCUCCGUCAAAGGGACAUUUAGUGGACUGCGGCAUCCAGUGUAUUGAACUCCAGCAGUGUGCUUCAUGUAAUGAGAAGAUCGGCACGGGACCAGUCAGAAGACAGUUUUUAAAUAUUCAGAUGUGAAGAAAGGAAACAAUGGCCAAGCAGAUGGAUUCUGCGUGAAGGGACAAAUGCAGAAAAACCAGAAGAAGAAUCACUGGAAGAACAGAGAAGGUGACCACAACCCCCAGAAGGUGGCGCCCUGAGAAAAGCACAGCAGCCAGCAGGAAGCCUACAACGGAUUUAGCAAACCUGUGAAACCUCAAGGUGGACACAGAAGGAACACACGCUGCUGAGCACUGCUGCACUCCACAAGACAACUCUUGGUUUUAAAGAUACAAUUUAAUAUUAAAAAUGAAUUUCAAAUUAAAUGUACUAAUUCUAUUUUUCAAUAAAUUUAUAAUACAUUUUUAAA